AUGAGCAUCUCAGGAAAUUUCCUCGCGUGUGUGCAGCAAUAUGAAGAAAUUUUUACAAACGUCCCUGGCACAUUUGCGAACGAAUCAUACAAAACACGCUUGCCCGAUCUUCUUUAUGACUGUGUGGCCCGCAAUCACGACCGGUUCUCAAAAGCUCAAAGCAAUCGUCUACUUCAGCUGGCCAAAGACAUGGCAAACGAUGCUACUAUCCCAUUGCCAUCGAAAUAUUCGGAACAAUUCGCUAAAUCACCCACUAGUGCUCAAUGGGAAUCUUUACUUGAGGGUAAAAAUUAUACGUGGCAGAACUCACCAUGGUUUCUGAGCGAGCAGUACAUGUUUCACCUGGUUUUGCUACUCGCUGAGUACUAUACGACGGGCAUUGACCCAUUUCACCCGUCGAAAGUAGCUGAACUUGAGGAAACUGCUCCAUGGAAGUUUCUACAGACUGCUAUAAGUCUAAAAACUGUAAGUUUAAGCCUCGAGGAUCAACUUCGACACUAUAUGAAAUUAUGUUUGUGGGGCAACAAAGCUGAUGGAUGCUAUAAAGAGGUGAAAAGCACAGUUACUGGAGCUGGUGCUUCGCUUAUAUUUGACGACGAUUUGCUCCUUGUAGACCAUAGCGAGAAAGUCAUUGAGUACUUAAAGCAGAAGGCGCGUGAAAGUGAUGCCCUAACUUUAAAUGUGGAAUUUAUCAAUGAUAAUUGUGGCACGGAACUUCUGCUAGAUUUAGCACUAGCAGAUCACUUACUGGCUAAUGGCUGGUGCGGGACUGUGAAUUUUAAUAUCAAGGUUGAACCGAUGUACGUCUCGGAUGCAACGCCGGCUGAUGUGCAUGAGCACGUUGAAGAAAUGCGGCGCAAUAUUCGUACACCGGAAAUUCAGGCUCUGGGCGAACGUCUUGCUGACUAUAUUCAAAAGAAUCAGCUUGUCAUACGUCCAGACCUCUUUUGGAAUCGUUAUACUUACUACUGGAAGAUGCCGACAGAGCUUCACAAUCGUUUUGCAUCUGAUGCGACUCUGGUGAUUAUCAAGGGCGACUUGAAUUAUCGUCGCCUUCUAGGCGACCGUCUGUGGCCACCAUCAACUCCUAUUGAAGAAGCCGUGCCUUACUUUCCUACUGCUUUCGUGUCGCUCCGAACAUUAAAAUCAAACCCUGUAGUGGGCAUUCCUGCGAACAUUGUCGAGAAGCUGGAGAUAGAUGAUCCUAAGUGGCGGUACAAUGGCAAGCGAGGCACAAUUCAGAGCGUACUUGCUCCAAACUUACGAGAAGCGUAA